CUGCCACCGAUGUUGUUGAGGGACGGAUAUCUAAAAAGUUGAAGAAACUGCUAAAGAAACUGUACGUUCAGGAACUACGAGAUGACGUCCUCGCCAUUGCUGACAAAAAGCUCUGCAUGGAUAUUACUGUAAGUCCGGUUCUCCCAGCAAUAAUUGUCCAGUCUAAAAUGAACAUACCGACUUCUUCCGAUAGCAUGGUACAAAACUUGAUGCGUGCAAUACGGUGCCAUUUGGAUUCGCUACUUCCGGUUGUUGAAGAAGACCAUUUGACGCGUAUGCGGUUAGGUUUGGCCCAUAGUUUGGAUCGGUAUAAGCUGAAAUGUAAUCCGGAUAAAAUUGAUACAAUGAUUGUACAGGCUGUAGGUCACCGAGAAAAUUCCAGCAUAGAUCUCUCGGAUUUGGUGCCAGACGAUAUCGCUGCCCAAAUCCGAGAAGCAUCCAUUGUAUCCUUGGGCACUGAGGUAGUGGACGAUGACAUUGAAAUGAUAAACGAACUUUGUGAUCAAGUCCUUGAAGUGACAGAGUCAAGAGUGAAUUUGCAGGAUUAUUUAAUGAAACGGAUGAUUGCUGUAGCACCCAAUCUGACAUCACUUGUUGGGGAGUUACUGGGCGCACGCCUCAUCGCUCGUGCGGGCACCCUAGUCAAUCUGGCUAAACACCCUUCUUCAACUGUGCAGAUUCUUGGUGCAGAGAAGGCACUCUUCCGUGCGCUGAAAAGUAAUCAAAACACUCCAAAAUAUGGACUACUCUAUCACGCUGCACUCAUUAAUCAAGCUGAUCCAAAGCUGAAGGGUAAAAUGUCGCGUAUGCUUGCUGCCAAAGCCUCCCUCUCUGCUCGACUGGAUGCUCUCGGUGAAGAAGGUGCAGAUACCGAAAUGGGCCUAAGAGCGAGAGCCUACCUCGAAAAUCGUCUUCGACAGUUGGAGUCCAAUACAGUAUGUUCUUUUGUUUUUAUUUACUCUUCUUAG